AUGUUUGAUUUGAACCCGAUUCUUGCAGCCAAUCCCUCUAUCCAAACACUGGUUUUCCCGUUUCCAUCCCACCAUUCAAUCCCUCCUGGAGUGGAGAAGCUGAAGGAUCUUGGCAACCAUGGCAACAUACCUAUGAUAAAUGCUCUGAGCAAGCUCCAAGGAGAGAUAAUCCAUUAUCUAUGGGAUGGUGAUGCUGAGAGCGUAAAACCUGAGAGUGAACUGGAGUUUCAAGAUUUACUUGGGGCUUCGAGUUCAACUUGGGAGCAGGCUCCUUCCCUUUUUUGCCUCUACAGGGAGGUAGGAGGAGGGGAUCCAAGUUUUGAGGUGGUGAAAGCUGGCAUGGCUGCAAAUAGGUUGAGUUGGGCUUCUGUUUUCAACACUUUUGAGGCUUUAGAGGAGGCACUGACUCUUAGACUUGAAGAGAGUGGAGUUCGGUUCAUUUGGGCCGCAAGAUCUUUCACGAUCCAACAAGUGGCUGACGGGUAUGGGUUAGCCCCUGGUGGCUCUGAGGAUUGGGUUGUGGGUCAAGGCCUCCUAAUUAAGGGAUGGGCCCCACAAAUGUCGAUACUGAGUCAUCGAGUUGUCGGUGGGCUCUUGGGUCAUUGUGAAUGGAACUCGGUAUAG